AUAUAGGGGUGUCUCCAAAACGGUAUUAUACACGCGACUAAACUUUAUUCCAAAGUGCGAAUCUCUGCUGUUAACAGUUGGAACUUGGGGAAAUUCGAAUUUCAACGUGAGACCGCGGCUCGGAGGCGGUGAUUUUCGUGAAAAUUUUCAAGGGAGAUGUCAGCUGAGCUCAAUACAAUUGAAUCUCGCAGUACCCGUGUCAGUCCCGCUUCUGGAUCGCAGAAAAAAAUAAUCGAGAAACCGCCAUUCAAACUUUGUUUUGCCAAACAUCCGGAAACUGGAAGAUCCGAUGCUUGUAUUCCCAAAAUGAACGCUGAAUUUAUCACACCAAAAUUUUAUUCGCGAGAAACGUUCUGCAUUCCGAAUGAGAAUAUCAUUGAAGGAAAAGAGGAAUUUAAAACACCAAAGAAACUCUAUCGUUGGCCAGUUUUAACCAGUCAUGUAUAUGGAUGGUGGCAUGAUAAAGGAAUUCGUCCCAUAGAUGGAAAAUUUAAUUUCCAUAAAAAAACAUCCGAUUUAGUAAGUUACCAAAUGAAAGUCUAUUCUGAGGAUCGAAAAAUAAAGGGUCUUGAUCAUUGACAAA